AUGGCAGACUGGGCUUUUGACCAAGACGGAAUGGACAAGCACUCGAGUGCUUUAGUUGCCCCGCUGAACAUCCAAAAGUCGCCAAAGAGGUCCCGCGUGGGUAUUUUCGCCCACAGCCGCCAGUCUUCCAGGGGAGCCCGCUCCGUCACAUCGCAGUCGCAAUCCCAAAUAUCACCACCAUUAACACCCAAGACCUCGAACGAGGUCAUGGUACAGCAAACGCCUCCACAGCCAGUCUUCCACAACUAUCUCCGGGCCUUCUACCACUACGAACCCACAUCAACCGUCUGUUCCUCGACCGACGAGUCCUCCAUCACGGUAGCCAUCAAACAGGGCGACAUCAUCCUCGUGCAUUCCGUACAUCCAAAUGGGUGGGCCGACGGCACUCUUCUGGCCUCUGGCGCCAGAGGAUGGCUACCUACCAACUACUGCGAGCCCUACGAUCAUCCUGCCGUGCGCAAUCUUCUAAAUGCUCUCACUCAUCUUUGGGAUCUUGUCCGCGACGGAGAGAACGGGGAUUUGAUUGCUUUCAUGAGACAGGAUUAUGUCCGAGGCAUGAUCUCUGGCAUCCGAUUCUUCCUUGAACGAACCGGAUGUCUGUCUCGAGAUUCGCGACUAAUUGUCGCCCAUAUUGGCCUAAGACGCAUGCGCAAGGGUCUCCUGGGUGACUUGUCAACACUCGUCAAAACCGCCAAAAAGUUGCAGGAAACCUUGCAAGCAAAUGAGGCGCCAGUACCCGUCUAUGAGUAUAUGGAUGAAUUGGUACUCAAGUCUUUCAAGCUCGUAACUAGAGCUGUGCGCUUCCUCGAUAUUUGGGCAACAGAUGCCGUGUCGUUGUCGUCCUUUGAGCUAGGCGAUGUAAGCGCCGAGAGACCCUUGACGCCGCCAUCUGACGCUGCUGUGCAACCCCUCUCAUCACUUGAUCAACAACACGCACCCAUCUGCAUAGCGAAUGACGGAGACGACCACGUUGCACAAAGGUCUUUUUGCCUGCCUGAGGACGUCGCAUCUGCUCAGCCACUACGCAAUCCGAACCGCCUUUCCGUUGCCUUCUCGCUACCUUCCGAGUCUGAGUCUCUGCCACCGCAGUCCCCAACUCUCGUUUCGCACUUUCCUAGUCAAACGAAGCGAUUGUCUGUCACUCAUCGAUUGUCAUACACCGGAAAGUCGCAAAGCACGCGAACAGGCUCUCUAGCGUCAGAUAAGCUUGUGGCUUCUCAAGACGCAUUCUUAGGCUUCAUUGGAUCUUUCAUUGGGCUGCACCUUCAAUCGCGUUCUUCCGAGGAGCUCGCAUACAUCACACAGCAAUCUGUUGUCGCCUGCCAACAGCUGCUCGCAGUCGUGGAUGAAGUAUGGGAGCGCGACGCACGGCGAUCCAAAGAUUUGGAAGAGGCGCGCGACACGAUGUACGCGCGAUUGACUGAGCUUGUACAAGCUACAAAAGACAUGUUCAGUGUCACCGACACUGAAAUGAAUGAAGCGCUAGUGGCUCCCGAAUCAGGAAAGCAACUGGUUGCGGCUGCCACAAGCUGUGUCAGGUCUGCUGGCGAGUGUGCCGCGAAAGCUCGAGUCGUCAUAGAGCGCAUCGGUGAUUUCGAAUUCGAAGCGGUUGGUUUGGGUCUGUCGGACGCAAUAUUUCAACAACUGCCCGUUACAAAUGAAAGCGAACAAGAAAAGUCCGAACUGCCACGACCAAUGGAGACGGUGUUGGAAACCGACAAACCACUUCCUGCACCUCCAUCCGAGGAACGCCACCUGCCGCCGCCUUUGGUUAUCUCUGAGUCGAAGCCUCUUCCUGAAGUCCCACAGCCUUCUCCAUUGGACAAUCAGAGGUUGAGCCUACAGCCGACCCCUGCACCCAUCAUCGUGGAAAGUCCAAUCGCUAUGUCUUUCAGAUCAUCGAGGUCGUCAAUUACACCACUAAACACCCUCCCGAUGCCCAACCUCCAACCGGCUCCGGUCGAGCUUCUGGACAGCCCAAUGAGCACCACACAGGGACCGUUCCCGAACCAAGCGAGAGCAGAUAGCGUCAACGUAUCUGUCACCGACACGAAUAGUACCUUCCCAUUUCAGCAUGCGCGACACCGGGAGCGUUGUGUCACACACUUCAACCAGAGCCACUACGCCAGACAAUUCUCCUGCAAAGAACCGGAGCUCAACAGGCCCUUCGUCAGCAGCUUUGGCAGCUCUUCGGAGCUUCGGUCUCUGGCGAGUGAAGACCUUGCUGCUGGCGAGGAGCACAUGCUGGAAACCACUUUUCUCACAACCUACGAGACAACUCCCGAUGCUGUCUUCGUGACGACAUUCUACCUGACUUUCCGUCUCUUCACGACACCCGUGGAGCUUGCGCAAUGCCUGAUCGACAGAUUUGACUACAUUGGCGACAGUCAGUCCAUUGGAGUGCCUGUUCGCCUCCGAGUCUACAACGUUUUCAAAGGCUGGUUGGAGAGCCACUGGGCGAGUGAUAGUGACUCUGCCGCUUUGGAACUUAUUCUGUCAUUCGCAACUGGCAAGCUGCGAGAAUCCAUGCCAGCCGCUGGUAGGCGCCUUGCUGACCUCACUUCAAAGGUGAAUGAGGUACGCGCGGGAGCUCCACUGGUACCUCGCCUCGUCUCCUCUAUCAGCAAAGCCGGGGCCUCAUACACAUCCUUUACGCCAGCGGACAGCAAUGUGCCUUCCUCAAACGUCAGCAAAGGCCAGCUCAACGCUCUUCGAGCCAGCAAGGAGGGCAAGGCUCAGUGUAGCAUUUUGGACUUUGACCCUCUUGAGCUUGCCCGCCAGUUCACCAUUAUCGAGUCCAGACUCUUUUGCUCUAUUCAGUCCGAGGAGCUACUGGCUCUCGAGUGGACGAAGAAGUCCGACUCUAAGGCCGUGAACGUCAAGGCAAUGUCAACCCUAUCGACUGACUUGGCAAAUCUCGUCGCUGAUACCAUUCUUCAUCUUGAGGACGCGAAAAAGCGAGCUGCAAUCAUCAAGCAAUGGGUCAAGAUUGCUGCCAAGUGUCUUGAACUGAACAACUAUGACUCGCUUAUGGCCAUCAUCUGCUCGCUCAACUCCUCUAUGGUCAUGCGGUUGAAGAGGACCUGGGAACUCGUGUCGACCAAGACCAAGACCCGACUUGAAGAACUGAAGGCCAUCACAGACGUGGGACGCAACUACGCUGUCCUUCGUCAGCGUCUGCAGAAUCACGUCGCUCCUUGCAUUCCAUUUGUCGGCAUAUACCUCACCGACUUAACCUUCAUCGACGUCGGCAACGGGACUACGCGUCAGUUGCCGGGCGAAGCUGGCGAGGACAGCGUCUCCGUCAUCAACUUCGACAAGCACAUGAAGACAGCGAAAAUUAUUGGUCAACUUCAAUCAUUCCAGGUGCCAUACCAAUUAGCUGCCGUGCCUGAAAUGCAGGACUGGAUGGAGGCCCAGAUCCAGCGUGUCCGCUCGAGCGACCAGGCCAACGUUCAAAGCUACUAUCGCCGCUCACUUCUCCUCGAACCGCGCGACCCCCAACAUUCGGUGCGAGGCUCUCCGUCAAUUGAUCAGGGCACAUUCACCGCUGAAAAUCGGACAACCUCCAGGGAGAAGUUCGAAUUUCUGAACUUCAAUUUCGGGUCAACCAGCAACCUGAAGAGUUCUUAA